AUGAGCAAGUCAGACACCUCGGUACUCAAUGUGUCGGAGCUCUUUCUGAGCGACACGCCGGUACCAAAACAGGAAGUUCACGCCACCAGACGCAGAUCAAACUCACAAUCUCAGGUGGUUGCUCCUCCAGUUUUCAUUCAACCCAGAGGAUCCACUCUGGCAACUGGCCGAAACGGCCUCCACCUUGCCAACAGAGAUCACAAACCACCACGCCGACAACAGGCCGAGUACUAUGUGACGCUUGUACCGUUGAACGAUACCUUUGUCAAAAAACAUAUCCAUGUUCCUUACUUCCCAGAAACAUGUCGUCUAGGCAGACCAACCGGUACAAAGAUCAAACCGCACGUCACCAACGGCUACUUCGACUCGCGGGUUCUCAGUAGAAACCAUGCAUGUAUGUUCAUUGAACCUAAAACGGGCCAGCUCAUGAUCCAAGACAUGGGGUCGUCCAAUGGAACAUUUGUCAACUCCGAUAAAAUCGGCGCUGAGCCCGUCCCAGUGACUGUGGGCGACAUCAUUAACUUGGGCUUCAACAUCCAGCUGGAGACCAGUCACAAGCAAAUCAGUGCCAAAAUCGAAAACAUCAACGUGGUGUCGAACAAUCCGAAGGGCUCAGUGUUGAGUGGUCUUCCACUGCUUACCAAAGACGUAAUCAACGGAUUCAGUGCAUCAGAGAUGCAACAUUUGGACUUCAUCCAGAGUGUGUUUGCGCUGCUUCUGCCUAAUAAGGAUGAGCCCGAUGAGGCGGAAAGCGAUCCCACGGCCCAGGCCCAGAAAGCAUUCGAAAAUGCCAUGUUUGCGGAUGUAGUACCAUCCCUAGACGACUCGUUGGCUGCGUCGUCCGAGUCGUAUGUCAACGCAGGCAUCUUUAACAACUCCCACAUCGUCAACUCCAAUGACUUGGAGUCCACGCUUGAGUUGCUUAUGGUUAACUUGGUGAGGGUUAAACAGCAAAACUCGACAUUGAAGUCUCUUGAAAAUUUUCUCGCCAAUUACUCUUCUAAAGUUGACUCGCUCAACUCUAACUAUGUGAAGAGUGAAGUGCAAAAGGCUGAGGCCAAGUUUGACGAGUCGUUGCGGGCUGAGAAAGAGAAAAUGAGGAAGUUACAGGUAGAGUCUGAACAGAAGAACGAAGAGCACCGCAGUGUGGUGGGACUUCUUGAGAACGAAAUGUUUAAAUUACGCACAGAACACGAGAAUGCCUUGAAGAGACUCAGGUCUCAGGAAGAGCAGAUUAUCACAAGUGACAACGAACUCAGCUUCUCCAACUCUGGCGAAGCUGCUCACACCAUCGACUCUUACGCCUACGACAGCUACAACAGCAGAGAUGCACGUCACCUGGCUGACAUCUCGUCGUUCGACUUUGGUGCCAGCAAGUCUUUAAAGGAAAUUUCGCCCGAGGCAUCCGAGGAGAUCGAGGAAAUCUCAAAUAGCUCCGACCUUGAGAGUGAAGAACACCAGGAGGUGGUGGAGGCUACAAAGGAGAAACAUGACGAGCGCAAGGCCUACUUCAAUCAGUUCACCAAUCAGUUUUCCCAUUAUAAGAACCAAGGAGUGAUGCUAGGAUUUUUCGUUGUGAUUGCUGGAUAUCUCUACCAGUCAGGCAAAUAA